ACAAGUUUUCUGAUGUAUUUGCUUGCACCUUCUUCCCCUGCUGUUUGGUGAACCCAGCCCCCCUUCCCCCCCCCCCCACCGGUCUCCCAAGGAUGGAUCAUUCCCAGUGCCUUGUGACUAUAUACGCUUUGGUGGUUCUGCUGGGUCUCCGGCUAGAGCAGGGAGCCUGCCAGCACUAUCUGCACAUCCGACCUGCUCCCAGCGACAACUUGCCCUUGGUGGAUCUAAUCGAGCACCCGGACCCUAUCUUUGACCCCAAGGAGAAGGAUCUUAACGAGACCUUGCUAAGGAACCUCAUGGGCGGACACUUCGACCCUAACUUUAUGGCUAUUUCCUUGCCCGAGGACCGGCUCGGAGUGGACGAUCUAGCUGAGCUGGACUUGCUGCUCAGGCAGAGACCCUCGGGAGCGAUGCCCAGCGAAAUCAAGGGGCUGGAGUUCUACGAUGGGCUGCAGCCGGGCAAGAAGCACAGGCUGAGCAAGAAGCUGCGCAGGAAGCUGCAGAUGUGGCUUUGGUCCCAGACCUUCUGCCCGGUCCUAUACACGUGGAACGAUCUCGGCAGCCGCUUUUGGCCCCGGUAUGUCAAAGUGGGCAGCUGCUACAGUAAAAGGUCUUGUUCAGUCCCCGAAGGCAUGGUUUGCAAACCUGCCAAGUCCGUGCAUUUAACGAUCCUGAGGUGGAGGUGCCAGCGCCGGGGAGGGCAGAGGUGCACAUGGAUACCCAUCCAGUACCCCAUCAUUUCGGAAUGCAAGUGCUCCUGCUAGGGCUGGCACUUACCUUCUCGCCCCUUCUCCAGCGGACUCACGUGGACCUUUGCUGCAACAGAAAUAAAAGACAUUUGCUUUCUGGUUAACAUUGUAAUGCACUGUAACGUGUAGGAGAAUGUAUAUUGUGUGUAUAUAUGGCACCGGUUUAAUAUACUAUUAAAAGGUCAGUAUUACUCGUGAAAUAAUCAGAGCCUACUGUAUUUUUAAGACUAUUACCCUGAUCGUUGCUAAUGUAUCUUUUUUUUUC